AACAAUAUUUGGGCUGCUUGGAGGGGUACUCGUGUUCCGGCCAGAACCUAAAACACGUUAGACGAACACUGAGACCUGCCGCUGCUCACCGCCGCCGCCGCCGCCGCCGCCGCCGAAGCCACGCCGGCCGCUUCCAUGAAAGGCCGCAGCAGCCACCGCGGGACCGCUCCCACCUCCGCCGCCGCCUCGACUUCCAGCAAGCGCGACCCCGAAGACGAGCCCGUCUCAGACUCCGAGGAAUCGGGCGACGAGGAGGAUGUCUCCUCGUCGUCGGGGUCGGAGUCGGAGUCGGAGAACGACCAGUUAGCGGAGCGGGAGAGGAAGCUGGAGCGCGUGCUCGCCGACGUGCCCUUCGGGGAGCUGCAGCGCGCGCGUGCCGACGGGUCGCUCGCGGCGCGGGGUGUUUCUGCUGCCGCCGCGGCCCAGAAGAAGGCUCGCAGGGAGAGCAGGAAGAGGCCCAUGGAGAUUAGCACGAAUGUGCGGCCGCCUAGACUCAGGGAGGUGAUCCAGGUUCCCAAGAAGGUUGUAAGGGAUCCAAGAUUCGAACCUGUAUAUGGAACUGUUGAUAAAGAAGGAUUCAGGAAAAGAUACAAUUUCUUAUUCGAUCAUGAUCUGCCCGCAGAAAAAGAGAAACUCCAAAAGUCGAUUAAGAAAUUGAAGGAUCCGAAUGCCAUUGAAGAAGCGAAGAAUCAAAUCACCUGGAUUGAUAAGCAGUUGAGGUCUAAUCCUCAGAAGAACGUUGAAUCAGAAAUUCUGCGUGGACAUAUUAAGAAAGAGAGGGAAGCAGCAAAGGCCGGAAAACGACCAUAUUAUCUGAAGAAAUCUGAAAUUCGUGAAAGGAAGUUGAUGGAUAAGUACAAUGAGCUCAAGGAGGCAGGAAAGCUUGAUUCCUUUAUGGAGAAGCGACGCAAGAAGAAUGCAUCCAAAGAUCAUCGCUUCAUGCCAUACCGAAGGGAUGGGGGUGGUGCAUAACAAUGUUCCCGAAGCUGCUUUUCGGGUGAUUCUGGCUAGUGUAUUUUCUGCUCACAGAGUUGUAGCAGCGCUCUCUACUAUCCUGUUGUUGCCCUAGUGUCCCAGAUGUUUAUCAGCAACCGUGAGUUGAAGCUAAUCCAUGGACCAUAUGUUUAUAGUUGAGCUCUGGUUGCUGGUAGCAACAAGCAAUUCUAAAACCAAACCAUGGAGAUAAUAUUUUGUUUCAUCUACUGCUUUAAUUAAUGCCAGUCCUUCUGUGUAA